AUGGAGGACAUCUCCGUCUUCUCCUGCUUAGUUCUCCUCCUUUCCUUCCUCCUAACCAAAUUCGUACUAAACAACAUCAAUAACAGGAGGAAGAAUCUCCCUCCAAGCCCACCUAACUCGCUUCCCAUCCUCGGCCACCUCUACCUCCUCAAGAAGCCACUACACCAAUCCCCUGCCCACCAACCCCUCGCCCGUCCCGCAUCCCUCCACGGCCCGAUUCUCCUCGUCCGCUUCGGAAUACGACCCGUCCUCGUCAUCUCCUCUGCCUCCCUUGCUGACGAAUGUUUCACCACAAACGACAUCUCCUUUGCGAACCGCCCCAAAUUGCCCUCUGCCAGCCUCACCACCUACAACUACACCAGCUUUGAAUCCACAUCGUAUGGCUCGCAAUGGCGCGAUAUGCGCCGCAUAGCCAACACUGAAGUCCUUUCGUGCCAUCGUCUCGCUUUCUUCUCGGAUGUUCGGGCUGACGAAGCCCGAGCACUAGCUCGUCAACUCUUUCAUGAUUCCACUCAUGAGGACUUCACGAGGGUGGAACUUAGGCCACGACUUUCUGGUCUAGCCAUGAAUGUGAUCAUGAAGAUGGCGGUCGGGAAGAGAUACUACGGGAAAGAAUCCAUGGACGACGGGGCACGACGGUUCAAGGAGUUAGUAGAAGACUCUUUCGCCCUCGACGGCGCUUCUAAUGUUGGUGAUUUCCUUCCUUCUGUGAUCGGAUGGUUUGCACGGCGAAGAGUGCAGAGUAGAAGAGCACAAAUUCAUGGCUACAGAGACAACUUUAUACAAGCCCUUGUAGAGGAGCAGAGGAGGAUGAUGAAAGAAGAAGUGGGAGAGUUGGCAGGGAAAAAGAGAAGCAAUAAAACAAUGAUAGAAACCAUAUUAUUGCUCCAAAGAACCAAUCCCGAACAAUACAAUGAUCGUUUUAUCAAGUCGCUUGUUACAACUUUGGUAUCAGCGGGAAUAGACACUUCCUCAAAUACAAUUGAAUGGGCAAUGUCUCUUCUUCUAAACAAUCCCGAGAAACUCGAGAAAGCUAGUAAGGAAAUCAAUGAGAAAGUAGAGAAUGAUCAUCUUAUAGAAGAAUCAGAUCUCGUCAAGCUUCCAUAUCUCCAUUGCAUCAUCAAUGAGACGCUUCGAAUGUAUCCUGUUGGUCCUCUUCUUGCACCUCAUGAAUCAUUGGAAGAAUGUAAGGUGGGAGGCUAUAAUAUACCAAAGGGAAUGAUGCUUUUGGUGAAUGCUUAUAUGAUUCAGAGGGAUCCAACAAUAUGGCCGGAGCCAACUAAGUUUCUUCCAGAAAGAUUUCUUCAGAGCAAUAAAGUGGAUGGAGGGAAGAUGAUUCCUUUUGGAAUGGGAAGAAGAAGAUGUCCGGGGGAAGGACUUGCCAUGAAAGAAAUGGGCUUGGUUUUGGGUACUUUGAUUCAGUGUUUUGAGUGGAGAAGAAUUGGAUUGAAAGACAUGGACAUGAAGGAAGGGUCGGGCCUCAUAAUGUCAAAAGCCAAUCCUCUAGAGGCAAUGUGUAGACCACGCAAAUCCAUGAUUUCUACCUUAUCUCAACUAUAAAAUACUUGAAUGUAUUUAUUUAUCAUAUGAAGAUAGCGACUUCUUUAAGAAGAUGAUUAAAAUAAAUGUGUGGUUGGCUGCAUUGGAGAUGAUUUCGGGUGUGUUGGGGGGGGAUUAUUAUUUUCUGUUUCAUCUUAGUUUUAAAUCAAUAUAAAACUUAAAC